ACGCUCGUCUCGACUCACAGCUUGCUAAAAGUAGCAAAUAAGAAGUGCCACUUGCUCUUUUUUGUUUCUUUCUGAAGAGCCGCGAUUUUCUGGAAUUCUUCUUAUGUCUUCGCUAUAAUCAACGUGCUUUGCACAUUUGUCGUCGAUGGUGUAUCGUCGACUUCCUUGUUUAGCCGCUCAACCCCGCUUUUUUUAAUUCUUUUCUGGCACUGCGCUGAAAGCCUGCUGGUCGGAAAGCAAAGAUGUCGAUGAAGUCUGGAGAGGAGCGUCUGAAGGAGAUGGAGGCAGAGAUGGCUCUGUUUGAGCAGGAGGUCCUGGGUGCUCCUGUGACAGUGUCAGGCAGUCCAACUGUCAUUGAAGGGGUGCCGAUGGCUCUAGCAGUCGGAAUGGUGCGACCCAUCAUUGGCACCAACACUUACAGACAGGUUCAGCAAACAUUGGAUGCCAGAGCUGGGACAUUUGUUGGCCCUCCACCUUCAUCUUUUGUUGGAGCAGCCCCUCCAGUGCCUGCACGUCCUCCUCCUCCCCCCAUGAUGAGACCUGCCUUCGUCCCCCACAUCCUGCAGAGACCUGCUCCUCCCAUGCCCCGGCCUCCUCCACCUCCUCCCAUGAUGCUGCCCCCGAACCUCCAGAACCCGACGGCCUCGGUGGUGUCCCAGCCCAUGUCGCACCUAUCUGCACCCCCUCAGGCUGAGAUGGUCUCCAUGGUGGCGUCGGCAUCAAGAGGUGCUGCACCUGCUCCCAUCAAACCCUCACCGUCAGUCAUCCAGGCCGCACCCACUGUGUACUGCGCCCCACCGGCACCAGCUCGGGCAGACCCCCGCGAUCAGAGACAGGCCAGGAUGGAAGAGCUGGCGGCACGAGUGGCGGAGCAGCAGGCAGCGGUGAUGGCGGCUGGACUCCUGGACAGGAGAGAUCUUGAAGAUAGCGUGGCUAUGAUCGGGCCCAGCAUGCCAGAGAGGGAGCUGCCACGCCCCGAGCCUGUUGAAGUUAUCCAUGAGGACAAAAAGAAGGGGAAGUCAGACAAAGUGAGGAAAUGCAUCCGGACAGCGGCGGGCUCCAGCUGGGAGGACCAGAGUCUGCUGGAGUGGGACGCAGACGAUUUCCGUAUUUUCUGUGGUGACCUGGGUAACGAGGUCAACGACGACAUCCUCGCCAGAGCUUUCAGUAGAUACCCGUCCUUCCUCAAAGCCAAGGUGGUGAGAGACAAGCGCACUGGGAAGACCAAAGGCUACGGCUUCGUCAGCUUCAAAGAUCCCAACGACUACGUGAGAGCCAUGAGAGAGAUGAACGGGAAGUAUGUUGGCAGUCGUCCCAUCAAGUUAAGGAAGAGCAUGUGGAAGGACCGGAACAUAGAGGUGGUGCGCAAAAAACAGAAGGAGAAGAAGAAGCUGGGCCUUCGAUAGGGUCUGAAUCAGACCCUGCUCUCUGUGUUUAGUUGUGUUCAUAUUUUUAAAUAAAAUAAAUUCAACUUGU